CCCGCCACCCGCCGCAUUGCGGUUUAUCACGUUGCCCGUUGUCACUGUACUGUCAUGUCACCCUCCGACUGUCACCGAGUGCCCGUACAAAAGUAAAGGCGGUACCUGCUGCCAUGCACAAAAUCAAGAUCUAAAGAUCCUGAAAUGCGGUGAUAGUCCACAGAAACCAGCUUUAAAAAAAAUCCAAAUUAGACGAAUCUCUUCCGACCUUAAAUUCAUCGCAACCUCGGCCACGUACGGGCAACAAGCUUCAAGCUCCGCAUAUUAGCUCUUUAGCUAAACGACUCAUAUCUUGGCAGAAAAUUCCAAGAAGUCUAUAUCAUUGUACAGUUUUUAUUUUUUAAUCUUUUAAGCCAAUAUGGCUACCGACAGAUCCAUUGAGGAUGUCACCAAAAUGAUGGAGGAUAUCAACGUUCUUUCCUUCCGGAAACUUACGGACGUCAAGCGUCUAGCGGUGCAUUUCCGAAACGUCAUCUACCACCCGCUGACGCAGGAGAGUCCCGUCAUUUUGAAAUAUCUGAACAACUUAAACGAGACCCAUAGAAAGGUUUUCGUUCAAAAACGCGAAGGCGUUGAGGUGGAGUAUAUCUUUACGACUGAGAAGAAGAGUAGUCUGCAAAGACAACGCUUCAACAGUCUUCCGGUGAGCGAGGUGCCCGAGUUGCUUAAGACGGAACAGAUUUUUACUGAUGAGAGCGCUCAACAGGUGCAUAUAUGUACGGACUGCAACGUGGAGAUAGAGCUGAACGACGAGGAGCCGCUUAUGGAGUCCCUGCAGAAGCAUUUCAACUUGGAGGUCCACAUGCCGAAACCCAAGAUUAUGAAACGAGAGAGCAUCGAUGUCGCAGAGCCCAUAAUACUGCCGAAUAUGUCUCGCAGGCUCUCGGCCAUGGAGUGCGGUGAGACACCGGCGCAGUCCCUCGACAUCGCCGCGCAUUUGAUGCAGAUCAUGAACAACAAGCCUACUGAGAAAUUAGAUCGAAUGUUCUCGAGCAAACUCGAGGCGUCUUUGAUUAGACAUUUGCCCGAUAACUCAGAAGCUAGCAUUGACGCCGCGAUGAAAUUCUACCACGUGGCAUUUGACAAACUUUGUCAGGACAAGGUGGACUUCUCCGCUCUCACGAGCUCUGUCGCACCGAUCAUUAUGAGUAUUAAAGACAAUGUUAACCAACAUUUCUCUGCUGACGCAAACAAAAAUUUCGAGAAUGAAGACAACGAGGCUCCUGAGAAACCGAACAAGAAUCAAGUUAAGAAAUACCGUUACUACGGACCUAUUGAGAACUAUAUUGUUAAGUUACUGCUUAACCACAAGCUUUUAUCUUUAGUUGAUGACAGGACGGGAAAACGCGCGUUUUUCUGCAUGGCGUGCGAGUAUUACACUCUAAGAUUCCGUUACGAUUCCGUUUUGAAUCAUGUAUUCAGCGAAUCGCACAUCCACAACCUAGCUUCCAUCCUCCAAGCUGACAAGCACAUACCGUCUUCCAUAGAUAACAGAAACAUAGAGGACAUUAAAGAGAUGAAUCAGAAAUUUUUAUUCAGUCACAGCAUUAGUGAGGACAACAACGGACUGAACUGCGGGCUGUGCAAGACUUCCAUAGAUUCCAUCGAAGCUGCGGUGAUCCAUCUCCUAGAGGAAAACCAUCUAGGAAAGCUUUCUGACAAGAUAUUCCGGAAAGUAAAGGCUAAUAACCCAGAUGGGGCUAUUCCUGACGAAUGGGGUCCGAAGAGCUUGGACUGGGCGAAGUUCCUUGCCAGCAUCGGAAAGCCUUUAAACAACAGAGACCAUGUCGUUAUAGAGAACUUUAUCAAGCCUUCCGGAAAGAUCGCAAACUACUGCUCCUGUUGCGACAUGACUCUAAAAGGCCCUAGACAGGUGCUCUUCAACCAUAUUCGUCAGAAGAAGCAUUUGCGGAACGCAGCACCACACAAACUCCAGCUGUUGUACAGGAACCAGUGCAGACCAUCUGAGUAUUAUGCCAGCUUCGGCAACUAUUACGUCUGCGCUGUUUGCCCCAAAUUCAUCGCAUUGCCUUCCUUCGCCGCUAUCGUCGAGCAUUUUGAAAGCGAUCUCCACAUCGAGACUGUCGCUAAGUUGAUCCGUUGUGCUCUCUACGAGCAAAACGUCGACAAGGAACUUCUACAUCACAAUAAAGUUACCAUCUCUGGGGAGAUUAAGUGUGAAUAUUGCGACGCUACAUUCCCUGAUCUUUCCGAAGCCAUAACUCAUAUUUUAUCAAGUGUCCAACAUCAGAACGCUUUAGUCGAAGCUAUUACUAAAGCCAACAAAGGGGAUAUAAUCAGCGUGUACAUGAAAGGGAACUAUAUCCUUAACAGCGAAGGUGCUUCUUUCAACUGCGUCACAUGCAAAGGGGUUUUCAAUUCGAUUCGCUCCCUGCUGAUGCAUUUGGUGUUCGCUGAGCAUUUCCCCGAGAAGCCCACUUCUGAAAACGUGUUCCGUUUCUACCUGGAGUUGAAGCAUAAUAUAAACAUGUUGGGGCGGAACAAGUAUGUGUACUACGAGUUUGGGAAGCUGAAGUGUGGGGUGUGCGACGCGGACGUGGAGGAGACUGAGAACGCCAAGAGGCAUGUGGUGUCGCCUCGCCACCGGGAGAAUAUGGGGGCCAGUUAUGUUAAUGUUACUUUAGAUGUGUCCGGGAAUGAGUGAGAGUUAUGCCUGUGUGUCGCCGGCGCGGCCUGUUACUACACGAAUCCUAUAUUAAGUGCUGAGGCGAUCGUUUUACAAUGAAAUUUUAAUAAAUGAAAUAAAUAAUUUUAUAAUUGA